AUGGCUUUUAAUUCAAGAGUUUUUUAUGUUAUUUUUAUCUACACGUUAGUCUGGCAUCUUGGUUGUGUAACUUUUAGCUUAUGCUCUGAGGAAGACAUUGCCUGCCUAAGAGCUCUUAAACAUUCCUUUGAAGACCCAUUGAAUCGCUUAACAUGGAGCUUUGACAACCUCACGGCAGCUUCAUUGUGUAAACUUAAUGGCGUUGAAUGCUGGAAUGAUAAUGAUAAUGAUAUCAGGCUAAACAGACUUUCCUUGGUGGACAUGGGACUCAAGGGACUGUUUCCUCGCGGAAUUAGGAAUUGCUCAUACUUAACACACUUAGACCUUUCAGGUAACAACCUUUUUGGACCAAUCCCAGAAGAUAUUGCCUAUUUACUACGGUUCUGUGUAAGAUUGGACCUCUCCAACAAUAGAUUUUCCGGUGAAAUCCCAUCAAGUAUAUCUAACGUAACUUAUCUGAACAUCCUAAUGCUUGACAACAAUCUUCUAACCGGUCAAAUUCCUAAGGAAAUUGUUUACCUUCGAUGGAUCAAGGAGUUUAGUGUUUCUAAUAAUAUGUUGUCAGGACCGGUGCCAAACUUUGUCAAUCUUAAUGUCUCGGAAGAGAGCUACGCCAACAACAGUGGACUUUGCGGGGGUCCGUUGGAACCCUGCAAAUAUCAUCGGUGGAAAUUUGACUACUCAUUCAAAAGUGGGUUCCUGGUUGGUUAUGUGAUUUCUACAGUUGUAGCUGUGACGGUUUUCAUAUCAUACUGCUUUCCUUGGGUAGCUGUGAAGGGGAAGAAGAAGAUUACUAUAGCAGCAAUGGUGCUUUUGAUGAUUAAGAGAAUGAACAAGAAAUAUGAAGCCGAUCAACUGAAUCAGUCGCCACCUCUUUGCAGGCAGUUGAAGAUAGCUGAAGCGGAUCAAGUUGGAAAAGAGAUUGCUAAGUUGGAAAAUCUGAUUGCAAGAAUGAACUUAGCAUUUAUCAGCAACGCAACAAACAAUUUUAGUGAAGAUAAUGUAAUUGGGAUGGGACAAAUGGGUACAAUGUACAAGUCAACUCUCUCUAAUGGCCAGCCCCUUGCAGUGAAGAAGCUACAUGACUGUCCGUACUUAGAAGAGCAAUUUAUGUUUGAGCUAAAGACUCUGGUGCGAUUGAGACAAUCUCAUAACUUAGUUCAACUCUUAGGCUUUUGCCUGGAGUCGAACGAGAGGCUUCUUGCAUACGAAUACAUGUCAAAUGGCAACCUUUAUGAUUGGCUUCAUCCAGCUGAAGGUGAGCCAAGACGUAACAUGGAGUGGCCUUUGAGGGUUAAAAUUGCAACUGGAGUUGCAAGAGGAUUGGCUUGGCUCCACCACAAAUUCGAAAUAGUCCACCUUGACAUUAGUUCCAAGUGCAUCUUACUUGAUCACAAUUUCGAGUCCAAGCUGUCGAAUUUUAAACAGUCGAUGCACUUGAACCCGAAUGGUGAAUGUGAUUCGACUAAAGAAUUCUGCGGUAAUAGAGAGUUUUGGCACUUGGAUUUUAUUAAGGAGGAUGUCCACAGUUUUGGACUAGUGGUACUUGAGCUGAUCACCGGAAAGGAGCCUAGUGAAAUUGACAAGUCCUCGUACAGUUUUGAGCGGAUUACUCAUCUUUCAGAGAGCUCUUCUAAGUUUCCGGAUUAUGCCAUUGAUAAGUCUCUAAUUGGUCAAAGAUUUGAUGACGAAAUCCUUCAGUUACUUGAAGUUGCAUCUCAGUGUGUUCACCCCUUUCCUCAUGAAAGGCCAACAAUGCUUCAAGUGUACAAAUCACUGAGUAAGAUGAUCAUGGAAGAUGAAGUUCCUGAAAUUGGUGAAAUAACAGAAACAGAAUAGAAAAAAUAGAUAACAGGUUACUUAUAGUGGGAAAAUAAAGACUUGAAAUAUGUACUUUCAAGAUACUAAAUACAAUACUGAUCAUCGGUUAUCCAAUUUUAUUUCUCUUCUCUGCCAAGAUUUCUUUUACUUGUUUCAUUCUUUUGAGACAGCAUUGUAUAUUGAAUUUACUAU